AUAGAAUAUUAUAGAAUGAUAAUUAUAUUAAGGAAAGUCAUUCCUAUUAUAUUCUUAAAUGGAUUCUUAUUCUUCAGAAAUUGUUUUUGCUCUGAAAUUACUAAACCAAAUGUUGCUAUUAUUGGAGCGGGUAUCGGCGGAGCCUCUACAUCUCAUUUUCUCACUAAAUUAUUUGACAAAAAUUUGAAAAUAGAUAUAUUUGAAUCCAAAACUAUCGGCGGACGCCUCGCAACCGUUAAACUUGGAAAUAAUGACUUUGAAGCAGGAGGGGCUAUAAUUCACCCUAGAAAUAUAUAUAUGAAAUAUUUCGUUAAAUUGUUAAAUCUACAUUCCAAAACUCCAGUGCCCGACGAUACAUUUGGAAUUUGGAAUGGCAAGGAGUUUAUUUUUAAAGAAAGCAAUUGGAAAGUAAUUACGUUGUUGAAACUUAUUUUUAGAUAUGGAUUGCAACCAAUUUAUCUUUACAGAUACGUGGGUAGCAUAUUAAAUGAUUUUGACAAUAUUUAUAAUCUUCAAGAACAAGGCAUUGGUUAUGAAAAUGUAACUGCUCUAAUCAGUGCCAUGAACGAAAACUUGAUAAAUUUAAUGCAAGUAUCGAUAAAAGAUCAUUUGCAGAGUUUGGGUUAUGGAGAACAGUUAAUAAAUGAAUUGGUUAAGGCUACGCUCGUUGUCAAUUACGGACAAGAUACAAAUGUUCAAGCUUUCGUUGCAUGUGUGUCGAUAGCAGGUGCAGGCUUUGAUUUGUGGUCGAUCAAAGGUGGCAAUAAAGAGGUACCAUCUCGUUUGAUCUCUAAUAAUGAGAUCGUUUCAAUAAUAUAUUCUACUGUAAAUAGAAUUGAUCGUCUUCAAACGGAAGAUAUGCCUAAAUAUGAAAUAUUUUAUAAAGAAAAUGGAACUGAAUCUAUAACUAGUAAAGUUUAUGAUAUUGUUAUUAUCGCCGCUCCUAUGACAAGUGAUCAAGAAUCUUUAGUGACUUUUAAUGGCUUUAAGAGCUCGGAUGUUCAAUUUUUGGGAAAUUAUCAAACAACGUAUGCCACUUUCGUAGCGGGCAAAGUAAAUUUCUCCUAUUUUGGAAGUAAAGAAACAUUCAGCGGAAUUAUAAGUUGUAAUCCAGUUGACACUGUCAUUAGCUCAAUUGGAAAAUUAACCUCUGUAAAUGGUAAACGAGACAAAGGAGUCCAAGUGUGGAAAGUAUUUAGUAGGCAGAAAUUAAACAGUACAAUUAUCAACAAAAUGUUUUCCAAAGUUCACAAAGUUAAAGAAAUCAAGUGGAAAGCAUAUCCUCAAUAUUCAUCCGCGAUGAGAUUUGAUAAAUUCAAAGUAGACGAUUUCAUGUAUUAUGUUAAUGCAAUAGAAUGGGCGGCGAGUGCUAUGGAAAUGAGUGCUAUAAGUGGACGGAACGCUGCAAUUCUAGCAUUUACAGAUUAUAAACGAUAUUUAUCGGAUAGAAAAUUAACGACAGAAGAUCAAACUCACUCUUCCGAACUGUGAUAAUUGUUACAUAUGAUAUUCAUAAUUAUUUAUUUACUUCUUUCGAGUUUAUAUGUUC